AUGAGUUGUAGAGGAGACGGGAAAAAACAACGUCUUCCAGGUAAGGAAAGGAAAAAAAAAAUGGCUUGCUCAGGUCGGAGUAGAUUGGAACAGAUUGCAGACUAUCCCAAAAUACGUGACUCCACGUUCCGUGCCGGGAUCAAGUUCAGGGCUACCGUAUCACCCUACAACUCGCGUGAUCAACGAGCUUGGUCUUAUCUAGGGAUCGUCUGCCAUUGUGAAGUUGGGAUUCGCGAAGUUCGCUUUGAAGUUGGAGGAUGGCGGUGCGGAGAGAGAGACCCUACACCCACCGCUCCUCCGUAUUGA